AGAGGGGAGAGAGAGAAGGAUGGUGAAAAUAUCGGUUGGUGGAUACGAUGAUGGGGAAGGACCAAGCAACCCGAUCCAGAAAAGACAGAGGGUAGAAGAAGAAGAAGAAGAGGAGGAGGAAGAAGAAGAGCAGCAAUUACAAGAAGGCUUUGAAACCGAAGAACCCUCAAUUGAAGAAGAACAAGGAGACGACAACGCAACUGAAGAGCAUCAUCUUCCAGCCAAUGCUGAAAUCGUUGGAUCAUACCCUAACCCCCCAGAGAACAAUAAUGUGUCUGCAUCGAAUGAUAGGAAUAGGUCUAUUUCUGUCACCGUUGUGGACCCUGAUGUCCUUGAUUGCUGCAUUUGCUGUGAACCCUUGAGUGCUCCUAUUUACCAGUGUGAGAAUGGGCAUAUUGCUUGCUCUAUUUGCUGUGUCAGACUUAGGAACAAGUGUGCCAUGUGCUCAAUGCCCAUUGGCUAUAACCGAUGCCGAGCUAUUGAGAAGGUGCUGGAAUCUAUUAAAAUAUCAUGCCUGAAUGCAAAAUAUGGCUGUAAAGAGAUGUUUAGUUACAGUAGGAAAUAUGACCAUGAGAAGGAGUGCAUCUAUCUACCAUGUUUAUGCCCGCAUUCAGGUUGUGACUUUGUUGCCUCAUCCAAGGAGUUAUCCAUCCACUUCAGUAACAGACAUAUAGAUUCUGGAAUACCGUUUAUAUAUGAUAAAUUUAACACUGUCUUCUUAAAUGUUGGCCAAAAAGCAGUUGUUCUUCAAGAGAAAAAUGAUGCUAAUCUGUUUAUUGUUCACAAUCACCUUGAGCUUCUGGGGAAUAUAGUCCAUAUUGGUUGCAUUGGCCCCAAAUCGAUGGCAGGGUUUCAUUAUGAUGUCUUGGCUAGGUCUCAGGGAAGCACUCUAAUAUUGCAAUCUUUUACCAAGAUCAUUCAAGGCCAAGUUGCUGACACUCCUUCAACAGGGUUCCUUUUGAUUCCAUGUGAUUUUUUUGGUUCUGGACAACUCAAACUGGAUAUUCGCAUAAGGUUACAACAUCAAGCCUAGGCUGGAGAUUGAAGGAGGCUGCAAUCUAGUUGAUUUCUGUAUGUAUUCGCUUUGUUUAGCACUUAGCGAAUCAAGUAAUUUAAUCUGUUUGGGCACAGUUGACUUUGACUUAUCUCAAAAAAGUUGCUGUCAUUGAGUAGGAAACUUAAGAAUACUUGUAUGAAUGCAUGGAAUUGUUGUUUCAAAAUUAUCCUGUAAAUAUGAAGUAUGCCUAAAGUGUCUUCUUACAUAUGAAUAUUGUUCGAGUCUAUAAAUUAUCCUGUUAAUACGAAGUAUGCCAAAAAUUUGUUGACAAUUAGCUUAUU